AUGGGCUCACUCGGUCCAGACGCCAAGAAGCCCUGGAUCAAAACGCCAUGCAUUGCCUCGGCCGCUCUCUCCCGGAUAGCAGGAUGCAACAUUUUCCUGAAACUUGAAAACCUGCAGCCUUCGGGAUCCUUCAAGUCUCGUGGCGUCGGCAACCUUAUGGCUCGCGCCGCCGCUGCCGCCCCUGACGCAGAGGUGAACUACUACUGUUCCUCAGGUGGUAACGCCGGCCUCGCCUGCGCUACGUCCGCCAUUGCCCUUAACCGCAAGGCCAUCAUCGUGUUACCAACGAACGCCUCCCCGCUCAUGAUCUCGAAGCUGCGCCUUUUGGGCGCACACUGUCACCAGGUGGGCGAGAACUGGGGCGAAGCGGACCGUUACCUCCGUGAGGAGCUGCUCGCUAACGACCCGACCGGCGUUUAUGUUCCACCAUUCGACCACCCACACGUUUGGGAGGGCCACUCGACCAUGGUGGAUGAGUUGAUCUCGCAGCUGCCUCAAGAUGUCGGCAUUGACGCCUUAGUGUGCUCCGUGGGUGGCGGCGGGCUGUUGAACGGUCUUGCGGAGGGUGUUGAGUCAGGACGGUGGCCAAGUGCAAGAGGCAGGGUACCCCGUCUCUUGGCUGUCGAAACGCGCGGGGCGGAUAGUUUGAAUGCGAGCGUAGUAGCUGGCGAGCAUGUCACGCUGCCACGCAUCUCGUCCAUUGCCCUCUCGCUAGGCGCGACAAGGGUAUCGAACCGGACGUGGGAGGUCUCACAAAAGACACCCGGGUUUCGGAGCGUGACGGUCAGCGAUGCCGAGGCGGCCAUGGCUUGCGUGCGAUUUGUCGACGAUGCCCAACUUAUGGUUGAGGUUGCAUGUGGCGCGACAAUAGCGACGGUCUAUAAUGGCUCGUUGAGGGAACAGCUUGGUGAUGGCCUAUCAGAUGAGGAAUGGGCAAAGAAGAACAUUGUGCUUAUCGUCUGCGGUGGAUCGAACGUCACAAUGGAGAUGCUGAAUGAAUAUCGUGCCAAAUUUGGUAACGCAGCCUGA